AUGGAAUUAUACGUGUUUACAGAUUACGAGGAAUUGGGAAGGUGGUACGUGACAAUCGACAGCAGUCAAGUUAACUCGGACAAAAAUUGGGUCUGCAUGCAGUGCGGGAAACGUUAUCUAUGGCGUGGUUCAUUGAAGAAUCAUCUAAGAAUUGAAUGCGGCAAGGAACCAUCCUACAAGUGUCCGAUUUGUGGAAGACAAUUCAAACACAAGCAUCAUACGAGUAACAGUGGUAACAGAAGAAAAAAUAAAGGUACGGAAGUUAAUUCGUCAGAGAUGAGAAUCGACAUGAUAACCUGUCCGAAUUGUGGUGUGUUAGCGAGUAUGUUACUUUCAACGGAUAUUCAACACUAUCAAGAAACGAAUAACGUAACAGCAUGGUCACAUAGUGGUGAUGGUGGUGCUGGUGAUGGUUGUAGUGGUGUUGGUGGUGUUGUUGGUGCUGGUUAUGCUAGUGUACCCUAUAGAACGAUGAGACCACAAAGAAAAAGGGAUACUACUACCACCGAUGCGAGAAACAACGGACCAGAACCGAAAUACGAGUGCAACAGGUGUGGCAAAGCUUAUAAGGCAUUGACAUCAUUGAGCCGUCAUAGAAGAUUAGAAUGCGGUGUUAUACCUAGCGAGGUCUGUCCAAUUUGUGAUAGAAGAUUCAAACAUAGAUUCGUAUUAAAUUCUCACGUGGUUGGUUGUCAAAGAAGAUUAAGUCAUAUUAUACAAAAGAAUAACGAGUCACCACCAUAUCUUACCGAAGAUCGUGACAAUUCUUAA